AUGGAUUUAAUUAUCUUAGCAUUUAGUUUAUCCUGCGGCCUAACUCUAGUUGUUCUAGGAUGUGCACUCAAGCCAUAUGGAGAGUGGUGGCCUAUGUUUGUGCUGUUCUUCUAUGUACUGAGUCCAAUCCCCACUGUAAUAGCAAGGAGGUACGCACCUGAUUUGUCGUCGGGUGCCAGCAGUGCAUGUAUUGAGUACAGUAUAUUUUUCACUACUGGAAUAGUGGUAUCAGCAUAUGGUUUACCAUUGGUUCUAGCACAUACUGAAGCUAUUAAAUGGGGAGCUGCCGGAUUAACUCUAGCAGGCAAUACAGUUAGUUUCUUCACAAUACUUGCGUACUUCAUCAUUUUCAACCAGGAUGAGGAUUUUGAAUUCUCGGUGUUCUAAGAUUCUCAAAGAAUACAACGUAGUUUACACCCCAUGCUUGCUUUGCUGUAUGUUUACUCUGGAGUUUGGAAAUACUGUUUGUUUUCAGCCUGCUAACAACUGCAUUGAGAGUAACUCCCCCAAAUACUGAUACAAAUUUCAAGCAGUUCACAUCAAAAUUACAACUUUAAAAAAAAAUGGCUUGCAGAAUCAGUAUAUCCAGACUCUAUAAUAGAUAUCAAGUAGGGCCCACAAUUUUGGAAUUCUGGGACUUAAUGUUUCAUGCUGGGAAUGAGCUCACUAAAUGGAACAGCAAUUAUUAUUCAUACUACAUCUGCAUUUUAUCAUGCUGUGUUACAUCGACACUCCCUCCCUCUGUGCUUUCCCGGGAGAUCAUGUGACCAAACCGAUUGAAGUCAUGUGUCCUAGAAUUCCAAAAUGGCGGCCAGCCAACAUUUGUAAAUACUGAGUACAGAAAUUAGUGUUGGAUAAAUAGAGCUUUUUGUUUAUAGUAUUUAUACGCGUAGUUAAGUAGAAUAACCAUGCAGUGUUAGCUAUGGUAAUAAACUAUUGUAAAAUAUGUGUUUCUGAGUAAAUGCACUGACAUAUGAACCAACAGAAUCUCAGUUUUUUUGACCCAUGUUAAUGCUGCAUUUGUAACUAUCAUAAUCUGCAGAUGAUUGACUCUACUUUUACAAGGACAGCAUUUCCAAUCAGAGUAUGAUGAGUAGCUGUUAUUGUCAUUAUUGCUAUGCAUUUGUUGUAGAAGUGUACAAGACCUUCGAUAGUGCAUAGGUUCUAGGCUUACUCCACAAGUAAUCAGUCAUGUAGUUAUCUAUUAGUCUACCAAUAACACUUUAACCGUUCAACCCACCAAUGUGUGAGUAAGAAUCCACUCUAUCGUAAAAGCUAUUUUGUAGAACAUAUAAGACUUCUGUUCAUAAAUGCCUCCUUUAUGGAAUUGUAAGAUAAUAAACUGCAUGUAAUCUUCAUUCCCAUCAUAUUCCAUUGUUUACCUGCAGUAUGGUAGUAUAGUUUGAAGCAAUCACUGUGUCACAAUUGGACAAAUAAUAAAAGUUUUGAAAGUUUGAAUUUAUUUUUACAUAAAACCAUUUCAAUUUCAUUCAAACAUUCUGUAUCCAUAGGAAACAAAAUGUAGAGGGUAAUUGCUAUAAUAAUACCUGUAGCAAUUUCCUGGUGUUUAUUAACUAUUGUAAUUUUUACCCCCCCCCCCUCAAUGUUUUUACAUAUUUUAUUAUUUCAGUGUACUGCAAUACCUGUUUUAUAUCCAAAUGUUUGUACAAAAUGUAUUUGACUAGAUAUCCUCUCUGUAAUAGCUACCAGAGGGCAGUAAUGACAGUUUACAUUUUGUGACAUGAGAAUGCUUGUUUUGUCAAUUAACUGACAAUAGUGCUGAAUUUCUAGAUUACAGUUUUGAUAAUUUCUGCUGUGUUUCUAGUAAUGUGUGUGAUUGUAAUUAACUAAUCGUCACCCCAUCCUUGCGUGGUGGUCAUUCCUUCUGUCACUGCGCUUACACACUGGUGAGAUAUUUUUGAAAAUAACUAGCGCUAAAAACAUAUAAGAAUGAUAUGAUAUACAUAUAUAUAUACAGUUGCACCUGUGUAUAGCAACCACCUAAGGUACUUUAAGAAAUAUUCUUUAUGAACAGGAGGUCGUUGAUAUGACAAUUGCUCAGUGAAAGAAAUAAAAAUGAGCUUGUUAUGAUUAAAUUGAAUAUAUUUAAUAGUGGAUAUCUAGGUGUAAAACACAAAAUAUACAAUUAUCCAUUUUGACUUUUAUACACAAGUUCAUUUGACUAAACAAUUGCUAAGAGUGGCUAUUGGUCAUAUUUGAAAGGUGGUCUUUAUAUACGUGUCACUUUACAUGCAUAUUGCAUUGGGACUGCCCAAAUUUUGUCACUAUAAAGAUGGUCAAUAAAACAGAUUUGACUAUUAUUUUAUAAAUUGGUUGAUAUUUUCAGUCACUCAAACCAGAACUGGAAAACUAAUUCAGGAUUGUAUACUAAACCAACGACGAAACCUCGUCUCUGGUGACUUGUGAUCAAAUAAGAGUUUGAAUUUAGCAUCAGUAAUGUAGUCAUCGCUGACAGGCUAAUCUGCAAUAAUUUAUGCAAUUUUGUUUUGUUCUGCACUGCAUGUUAAUGUAAAUGAAACACUUGUUUCCACAUACCAUAGUUAUGUAAAUGUUUUACAUGUGAGAUUUUACUGAUUGUUCUUGUAUUUGUGAGUUAAGACUGUCUUUAUUUGUUCAUUUAUGGUAACCUUGCGCUUGAAAUGGUACAGUAGUCCUCCAAAAAGGAAGAUCCAAGUAAGAGAGUCAUCAUGGCACAUUCUGUAAAAUAAGUCUUGCUUUUUAGCUCCCAGGAAAGGACAAUUUACUCCUGCCAUCUGUGCUAUCGCAUUUAGUGAUGGCAUUAAAGAAAUGUACAAGACAAACAAAAAACCACACAAUUUUUUUUUUGCACUAAUUUUCUUCACAAAUUAUGCAAAAAUUAAACUGUAGAAAUAAUUUCCAGUUCUAUCGUGUUAAAGUUGAAACUAAUCUAUUUUGGUGGAACAAUUUCCACAUUUGUAACUACAGUUGUAAUUUUCAUAAUCUAUUUCCCAAUGAACUGUUCGCCUGAUAGUCUUCCUAUACCAAUCAUCCUGGUUAGUCAGGCGGUGGCCAAGUGUUUUAUAUGGGUCCCACACAUAUUCAUUCCUGUAUGUUGAAGUGCCACAGCAAGUGUUCAGUGCGUGUCCCAUCAUGUGAUGUUCGUUCACACAAAAUUUGAAAAUGCCAUGAUGCUGCUGUUCUUCAAUGGGGAGGUCACAUGUAGAUAUUAAUCUACACUACAAGUACUACUAUUCAUUAUUCAGCUGCUGGUUUCUGUCCAAAUCUUUAUCCAGUAUGUAUAUUACUGUUGUGUGUUUAUUUGUACCAAGAAAAUGUUUAUGAUUUUCAUAUAAUAAAUUGCUGUUAUUAUA